AUGACUACUAUCGUACGCACGCGAAAUCCUUUAGAAACUUUGAGCAUGAGCCAACAGCCAUCGGCGCGAAGGAGAAGCAAGCGGCUUGCGGCAUACGACGAGCAGGAUGGAGACUUCGAAUUUACGCGUGGACCGAAACGAGCGAAGACCGCGCCGGCACCGCCAGAACCUCUACCUACAGUGGCUCCAGCUCCGUCGGCAAAGAGGGGUAGGAAGCCGAAAGAGAAGGAACGUGACGAUGAGCCAGCCGCGACAGCCAAAACCCCCGGGGUCCGGAAGAUGAGCUUCUCGACCCCGACUGCUGAGAAGACUUCCCUAGCGGUGCCCAAGAAGCGGAAAAUGACGCGUUCCUCCACCAGCAAAGCUCCACAUGAAGAUGAGAACGGAGAUAUGUCCAGGGCGAACCCGGCAGAAGACGAGCGCGUCGAUGUAGUGGGUGGCACGAAUAUAGAUGCCGUGGGGUCAUUUGUGGAUCACAGCAAGCAGUCUACCACAAUCGCGCUUCCUUUCAGCGACACGCCCAUAAUAAAUCGUAACAAGGAACUGAGGAAGAAGGGGGGAAAGGGGCCACGGAGAAGUAGUCUGGGGCUUCGAGGGCGGAGGGCAAGCUCUUUGAUAGAUAAUGGACACAGCGCGAUUCCGCACCGCGAGGUGGAAACAUCGGAGUUCUACAAGCACAUUGAGGCGGAAGGAUUGAGCGAGCCCAGGAGGAUGAAACAGCUGUUGACUUGGACUGGAGAGAGAUGCAUGGGCGAGAAACCGUCCUAUGGAGAUUUGAAUACCAAGGAAUUAUUAGCAGCGCGGAUGGUCCAGGAUACAGCGCGAAUGGUUCAAGAAGCUUUGUUGAAAGAUUUUGCGAACAAAUCUGAAUUCUCUGACUGGUUUAAUCGAGAAGAAUCGGCGCCGAGAAAGGUCAUCAAGAAGCCCAAUCCUCGAAACACCGAGCUCGAAGAGAACCUUGGCGGGCUAGAAGCACGAAUAAAGUUACUGCGAGAAGAACGAGAUCAAUGGAAGGUACUCUCGAAACCGACACCCUCACUUCCUCCAAUAAUUUCCGAAGACACAGCCGAACUGGGCCCUUCGCACAUUGACGCCUCACUCUUGACACCCGAACAAGCCGCAAUACUCUCGGAGAUCUCCUCCUCGUCUGCGCUGGAAACCAGGAAACAGGCAUCCGAGCGACUACAGACUUUACAAUCGGAUCUAGAAUUCAACGUGGACCGAUUCGCGGACGGGGUGCACAAGUUAGAACAAUAUCAGCAAACUGUCGGAAGAGUGGCCGACAAAAUACUAGCACUGAGUGCUGUGAGAUUAGAGGAAAGAGACCGAAGAGAAAGGGCGGAAAUCGGUACACGAGAUCUGCCUAUGCAAGAAGUGCUGCGCAGUCUGAGUCGGAUACUGCCAGAGGGAACCAAAGGGAAGUGA